AUGAUUUUUAGCCUCCUGCUUCUGUGUGCAGUAAGAGUUGCUCUCAAGGUACAAGGCGAGUGCACAAAAGGUCAGCCUGUGUGCUGCUUUGAUUGUGUUGAAUGUCCUGAUGGCAUGAUUACCAAUGGAACAGAUUUUACAGAAUGUAUCAUGUGCCCUGAAGACUUUUGGUCAAAUGCAAGACGAGAUCAAUGUGUGCCCAAGGAUUCCGAAUUUCUUUCGUUUGGAGAAUCUUUGGGAAUAAUUUUAACAGUGCUGGCACUUAUUGGCACACUCGUCACAUUUUCUGUAAUAAUGAUUUUUCUGAAGUAUAUGAAAACACCAAUUGUGAGAGCUAAUAACUUAGAGUUAAGUUUCCUGCUUCUGUUUUCACUCUUGCUUUGCUUUCUUUGUGCUUUGACAUUUAUGGGUGAACCCUCAAUGCAGAUGUGCAUUAUGCGUCAGACGGGAUUUGCAAUUAGCUUUGUGCUUUCCAUUUCUUGCAUUCUGGUAAAAACCUUAGUGGUGCUGCUGGCAUUUAAAAUGACCCUACCAAACCAAAAUGUAAUGAAGCGAUUCAGACCUCUUCAUCAGCGAUUAAUCAUUAUCAUCACAACUCUGGUCCAAAUUGGCAUUUGUGUAGGGUUCAUGGUUUCCUCCCCACCAUCUGUGAACAGAAAUCGAGACACUGUCAUUUCUAAAAUUAUACUUGAGUGUAAUGAAGGUCCAGAGUUAGCAUUGUUUUGUAUUUUGGGCUACAUUGGAUUUCUUGCAGUGAUUAAUUUUGUUCUUGCAUUCCUUGCCAGAAACUUGCCAGAUAACUUCAAUGAGGCUAAAUUUAUCACCUUUAGUCUCUUGGUGUUUGUAGUUGUCUGGAUAUCAUUUAUUCCAGGAUACAUCAGCACAAAAGGAAAAUAUCUCAUUGCAGUGGAAAUCUUUGCAAUUUUGUCUUCUAGUUUUGGUCUGCUGAUUUGCAUUUUUUUCCCAAAAUGUUAUAUCAUAUUGCUAAAACCGGAGAUGAAUACUAAAAACAGCUUGAUGGGGCGACCCAACAAACACUAAGUGUCAUUCACCCCCAUUGUUUGCCCUGGAUGUGUAUAGUUUCUGACAAAUAUGUUUCAGUACCUUUCCCUGAGAAAUGGUACAUGUAAAACUAAAUUGGUAGUUUUAGUCCAGAGUCUUUUUAGUGCUUGCCAUAUCUUAUUUAUGGUACAGAUCGUUUUCUACAUUUUCAUAUUAUAGAAGGACCAAAUGUAUAAAACAGCCCUACAAUUUGCAUUUUUAGGAUUGUCACAAUAUAUUUUUUAUAUGUUGAUUCACUAAUGGUUGCUAGUGUGAGUAAUUAAUUUUCUACCAUUUCCUGUCCCAUUACCUUUUCUUUUUUAAGGGCCUCGCUGAAGGGCCCAACAGAGUAGGAUCCCUUCUCGCAGUAACUGGAUUUGAAAUGGAAAGCUUCCAGAAAUAGGUGCUGAUUCUUUAAACCUUAAAUUAGAAAUUCCAGUAUUUACAUGUAUAAUAUUUUAAAAACCGUGCAAUUGGUAAAGACAACACCUACAUAAAGGUUAUUGAAAAAAAUCAUUUUGGUGGUGGUGUUCCUUAUCAGCUCCCAACAUUCAUGCUAAAAACAGUAAUUUUUGUCAUAGAGAAACUCGCAACGAGGCCACUGUACAAUAGAUAAAUACUAAAAUAAUUAUGCGUACACAGUACAGUAUACUAUUUUUUGUGGAUGUGAACAGUAACUACUCUGGAAAUGUAAUCAUCAUAUAUAAAAUGUGUAUCUAUAGAUGCCUUUUUAUUUUCCUUUCAAAACAAAUUAGUUUAUUUUGUAAAAAUUGUGAUAGUUUCUCAUUUGUCUGAAUGAACACUGUAAAUGUAGUAGUAGUAGUUUCUGUUAGCUUGUGCAGUAGAAUUUGGACACCACUGUAUAUUUUGCCAGGUAAUUCUGAGUAUCUUGCUUUACUCAUCUGCAAACAUUCAAGACAACCUUGUUGGCCAUCUCAUAUAUUUGUCAUGUCUAAACCUUGCAUCAUUAGGUAAACAUUCAAAGGACUUCAGCGUGAACUUGUCAUUUUGUUUGCCUUACCAUUUAGGCAACUUCACUAAUGCCAUAGGUUGUGGUAUUGUGUUAAAGGUAUAUUCAUAUUACUUUUUACAGAACAGACUGGUAGGAAAAAUAUUGUAAUAAAAAG